CAAAUGUCAAACGCGACUACUUCGUCAACAGAGUCGUGGCGCGGCAGUUGGAUUUUACGAAAUAAUAACAAAUAUUUACUUCAUCAGUGUUUGGCGAACGAUGAUUAUUAAUUAUUAGAAAUCUGUAUAAUUUGCGUCGCAAUAAGUUACAUCGCGAUUUUUUACAUACCGAGUUUAUCGGGGACUGGUAAACGUUUACGAUACAUUCCUAUUGAUUUUCGUACUUCACCGGUGUAAUACAGCUUAUCAUGAAAUAAUUUAUAGUAAAUAUACGCUUCUGGAUUCUAAGUUUGAAUACAACUCGUUAAAUUUCGGGACUUUCUGUCGCUGUGAGAAAGUUAAUUCGGAUUGUUGUUGGACGUCGUGGGAAAUCAUCAAUAUCAUAAGCAAUGGAGAAGGUCGAAACUCCCCUGGAUGUGUUAUCACGAGCUGCCACCAUGGUGCAGCCGUGUCCUGCCUAUCCUGUCAGCGACUCCGAUAGUUUUGAGACACCUUCGACGGCUUCCAGUGGCGAGUCGGAAGGUGAUCGCACCUUGUCCCCGGAGACUCCACGCAGCCAAUCUAAAGAGGCUACUGGAAAAUGGAGGAGGGAACGGAGAUCAAUUCGUCUGCCUGAAUACAGACCAAAGGAGAACGGGAAGAUGGCGCUCAGAUCGCAGUCGUUCAACGAAAGACGCACCGUGGUCCCAUUCACGCGUGCACAGCCUCACAGCGACGGAGAUCUCUCCGAUGAAACUGAUGACGGGCCCGCCAAUCUCACUGUCAACGGAAAAAAAGCGCCUCCCGAGUACCCGGGCAGCAAGUACGAGGCUCCCAUAGACAUGCGGCUGCGGUCCCGGCCCGCCCCACCGCCCUACAGUCGCCCUUCAGUCAUCACCAAAAGCAACGACACCCCACCAGGUUCCAUGUCGAUGUGUGAUCCAGUGAUCGACGAGCAUUUCAGAAGAUCUCUUGGCGACGAUUACAUGAACUUGUUCAAGAAGAACUCGGAAAACGCCCAGCCCGGCCCUAAGCCCAACAUGAAGGACAGAGCCAGCAGCCCUAUACUAUUCAAGACUGAAGAACCUCCCAAACCGACCAAGAUCAUCGCUAUGGAAAUAGACGACCCCAGUUUGUCCGUUGACGAUCACUUCGCUAAGGCCUUAGGCGACACGUGGCGGCAAUUGCAAACGUCAAAAUCGAAAGAGAAUGAGAAAACGCAAUUGAAUCACAAAGGCGGCGUGGACGACCACUUCAGCAAGGCCUUAGGCGAAACGUGGCAGAAAAUACAAUCGUCGAAACACAAUUUGAAUUCGGACAACGAGAAGAAAGAUCAAACCACGAAAAUUAUCACAAGGAGCGGGGUCGUAAUAUAAUAAUGGUUGUUGUGGCUAAAGGCGGUUCGGUUUACGACCUUGUAAAAAAAAUACGAGGCGUUCUCAUGAUGCUCUGAACUCAAGUGUCGAUAAAUUCCCACUUGUUUAACAUAAAGAACGCUGUUAUUUUGUUAAUGGGCACGAGUCGAGCGCCCUGUAUUAACGUUUCAUGUUAUAUUUAACUCACGAAUCCAUGACAAUUCUGUUGUUACCUUUAGGGCUUUUGGGUAAACGAUCGGAUGUUAUUUAAUUUUAUUUUAAGCUAUUAUGAAUAGUCAAUUAGUAGUCACCAGUUUACACAUUGUAAAUUAUUACCUCAGAAGGAGCGCUUUUGCACAUCGGUCACUAGUAGAUAUAAGUUGCGAGUUGUAUGUGUUGUAAUUAAUAAUAGUCAUUUCUAUAGUAAGGAUGUAUCGUUAGAAUGAGACGGCUAGAAAGUUAAAGGAGCUAAUUUUUAAUUUUAAAACACUUUUUAAUGUUCCUCGUAAGAAUACACGCGUAUUAUUAUAUAUUUUUUUGAUUACUUAAAAAAUUCAGAUAAAAUUAAAUAUUGAAGUCAAUACAAUGUUAAACACACGGUUUCGUUUGAUAAUUUAGUUUGAAUUUUGUGAAAUUUCGAUUAAGAAAUUUGUUUAAUUAUUUUGUUUCCAUUUACGAAAAGUAAGAUAGUAGACAGCUGGCUGUCAUUGAAUACAUUAUUUUUUUAAGACCGUGAUCUACGAAUGUAUGUAAAUAAUAAUUUCCUAUUUAUGCACAUUAAUUAAGGAGGUUACAUGUCAUUGAAGAUAAUACGAAUAAACAUAGCCUUUGAAA